AUAUAUUUUUUGACGACUCCUCCAAGAUUUGCUGCUAACCCCUCAACCCUACCGCGGCCAAUACGUGGAGUUUUGAGCUCCAUCUCUGCAAAUACAACGACAGAAAAAUGCAUAUCUGCAUACUUUUGAAUUGAAAUGGAGAGGGGAUACAGGGCGGAAGAUGACUACGAUUACUUGUUCAAGGUGGUGCUGAUCGGCGAUUCGGGAGUCGGAAAAUCCAAUUUGCUAUCGAGAUUUGCUCGCAAUGAGUUCAACUUGGAGUCCAAGUCAACAAUCGGCGUGGAAUUCGCUACACGGAGUAUCCACGUCGAGGAUAAGAUCGUCAAGGCUCAGAUUUGGGACACCGCCGGCCAAGAACGAUACCGGGCUAUCACAAGUGCUUACUACCGAGGGGCUGUGGGAGCAUUGCUUGUUUAUGAUGUUACACGGCAUGUCACGUUCGAGAAUGUCGAAAGAUGGUUAAAAGAACUCCGAGAUCAUACGGACCAAAAUAUCGUUAUCAUGCUUGUUGGCAAUAAGGCAGAUUUACAUCACCUACGUGCUGUAUCCACCGAGGAUGGCACAAGUUUUGCUGAGAGGGAGAAAACAUAUUUUAUAGAGACGUCUGCACUCGAGUCUAUGAACGUUGAGAAUGCUUUCACAGAA